GCCAGCGUGGACCAGAUAGUGUGGUCAAGCGGUGUGUGUGAGACGUCAGCCGUUGUGUGGUGUAGGACCGGAAAACUACACAUCGCUAACGUGGACCAGCAAACGUGGCUAGCCAACAUGGACUGGUGUCCCAUAUAUAAAACCGAGGCGGCUGUAGAUCUCAAUCAUUACUUUCUGAGCUCUACACAUUCACCAUCUCUUAAGGAGUGCGCAAACUUGCUUCUUAUAACCCCAGCCGUGUAUUUGACGUAUUAAACUACACACAAAACACCUUUAAUACGUUGCAGAAGUGAGUUUUUUCGUCGACUGAAGUCAAACAUCAUGGGAUUAAUCUUGAGCCGUAUCCUAGCGCUGGUGCAGAGCAAGAAGCCCUGCAGGAUCCUCAUGGUGGGGCUGGACGGUGCAGGGAAGACUACGGUACUUUACAAGCUUAAACUGGGAGAAGUCGUCACCACCAUCCCAACUAUUGGUUUCAAUGUGGAGACGGUGGAGUACAAGAACGUCAGCUUUACUGUGUGGGAUGUGGGCGGCCAGGAAAGAAUUCGGCCUCUGUGGAGACAUUACUUCCAGAACACGUCAGCCAUCAUAUAUGUGGUGGACAGCAACGACCCCGAUCGUCUGGCAGAGUCUCGCGAGGAGCUGGAGUUGGUG